AUGAUUCCCAUCGAUAAUCUGGUUCUGUGCAUCUGGGCGAUUCAGCCAGCCCAGUUUAACUUUCGACCCCUUACACUCAAUACGAAGCUUGGAAACGUAUCAAAGCUUCCACUUGGAAUAAAUUUACCGAACCCGUUCAUGUUUGUCUCUUCUCUAUCUGAGAAGGAGCUUAAAGAAGCAAUUUUGGAGCCAGUUGAAGGGUUCUUGGAGGCGAUCUCCUUUAUUUGCUCUAGCAAUAAAAAAAUUCGAGACUUGGAGUCUUCUUUAGAAUUUUCCUCCUUUGACUAUUGGAAUUCCAUCAAAAUUGCCACAAAAUAUUUUAUUACCAAAAAGGCAUCCACGUUUGAACACUCCGUUGUCCACCAAAGUGUCAUUGGCGACAUCCGGGAGAUAUUCAAGGAAGUGUCCACUGGCUCCUCUUCUCCAAAGGAGCAAAUCAGAAGCCUAUCGAUUCUUCAGACAAAUAUAAAAGUCAAACUUCACUCUUUUGAUCCAACGUUUUGGGAUGCCGUCCUACAUGAAGUUGAGGUUUUUAAAGCGAAAACACUGCUCUUUCAUCAAAGUAAGCUUUUUAACAAAUCUCGAGAAGCGUCACCCUCAACGGCGGAAAGCUCUUCAGAGACCAUUAAAGAUACUGGGAAGAGCAAGCUGCUAAUGGAAGAUGACCAUCCCCAAGCCAUAAAGCAGCAAAUCUUUCACUCGUCCUCAAAGGCGACUGAGGCUGAGGAGUCUUAUGGAGCUGUUCCGGUAAUCAGUUUCGAUACCCAGGGGGAUUUGUCGCGAAAGUUCAUCCCCAGAUACAACCAGACGCACUACGACUCGAACAACCCGCCCCCCAAAUAUGUCCAAGGAUACAAAUUUAUUAUUUUCUAUCCACGUCUCUUGGAGAUGCCGUCGGGCUUGGUGCCUUCAUAUGAAUUGGCAGAUGCAACCGGAAAAGAGAUCCUCAGUGAUUUGGAGCCGCAUAUUUUCCC